AUGCUCCACAAGCUUCGGGAAGCAUCUCUGCAGCCGACAGGAUCCACAGGUGUUACCAAGUCCAAGUUCGUACUGUUCGCCACAGGACAGGCCAAUGAAUUUGGGAACCCAUCUGAGAUGAACAGCUGCUCCAUCUGCUAUCGGGUGACAGCCAAGCCCCAGGGGCCCGCGGUCUUUUCUGCCAAUUACAAAGACUGCCAUGCCCUGGAGAAGGAUGGGCGCUCCCACCCGAGGGUGUUCGUGGAAGCUGGGCUGCCCAAUGGCACUCUGAUCUGUCCCAAACCUGAUCACACCUGGACUCCAGACUCCCACCUGGCACCACCAACCACAUUCUCCCUUCCUGCCCCUCAUCCCCCUAGGUACCCUCUGACUCAGGAACAGUGCCAGGUGGCCUCCGGGCACAUCCCCCGCAGAGUGAGAAGAAGUUCAAAGGAAGCGUCAGCGGGCUGCAGUCAUGACAACACCAGAGAGGGUCCCUGUUACUAUGGCAACACAGCGACUGUCCAGUGCUUCAGAAACAGUCACUUCGUCCUGGUGGUGUCCCAGGAAACGGCCUUGGUGUGCAGGACACUGAUCAAUCUCCACCUGGCCCGCACCGCCCCCCGGCUGCCCCCCAGCCAGGAGGCGGGAUCCUCCGUGGUGGACCGCAUCCAGCACAACCAGCUGGUGACCAACAGCGGCAUCUGGAUGCGGCCACAGGGUUCCAUCACGUGGGACGGCACCUUCAGGCUUCACAUCCACUGUGUCUUCAACGCCAGUGACUUCCUGCCCCUCCAGGCGUCCCUCUUUCCUCCCCCAUCCAGCCACUGUGACCCAGUACAGCCCCUGCGGCUCCAGCUGCAGAUCGACAAGGGAAAAGGGUACGACAAGGCUUUCAGCUCCUACCGCAGGGAGGGGGACCACUCCAUUGUGGGGCUGCUUCAAGAGUCUGACCCCAUGGAGGUCUGGCUCCUGCAGAGGACAGACCCCAUUCUGGUCCUGGUGCUGCACCAAUGCAACCCCUUCCAGUAUCCUCAGUGGCCCAUCCAGUCAGGUGAGUGUCCUUUCGGUGACAGCUCAGGACCUGAAUGAUGGCCUUGGGAGGGUGCUCUGCCCUUCCACUCUCACUACCAGUGCUUCACCGUUGCCACCUUCGCCCUCCUGGACACUGGCUCCUGGAGGGCCCGCAGGGGCCAGGUUUACUUCCUCUGCAGCACCUCUGCCUGCUGCCCCUCAGGGCUGAAGACUUACUCGACUACGUGUAGCUCUGGGGCUGCAGGACGGCAAUGAGCCUCAGGUCACCACAAUGACAUUGCCAUCCAGAGCAUGGUAAGCUCUCCCGGGCCAUUGGGCUUUGAGGAUUCCUACAGGUGGGAGUCUACGCUGGGGCCUGCAGGCUCCACCAUGAACUGCAGCCCAAGGCCUCUCCUCUGGGUAAUUCUUUUGCUGUUGGCUGUUGCCCUGGUCUGAGGGGUUGGCGUCUUUGUGGACCUGAGCCAGGCCAAGCCCAGAAGCUCCUGGAAGACACAGGAGCUCCGAGUGGGCACCCUCGAAGCAUGCCACUUGGUUGCCAUCAUGGAUGAGGGAAUCCAGAGCUCCCGGGGCCAAAAGAACUAA